CACUGAGACCCCGUAGGUUUGAGCUGCGCAUAUGCUGGAUAUUUGAAUUUAUCGCGUGUGGUCGGUAAAACUGUAUUUCUGAAUUACUGUUGAGAAAAGGGAAACACUUAAGAUGUCUGUUCAAGCAACAAAUCCCAACAAUCCCAUAGUUUUCUUCGACAUCACCAUCGGAGGCCAGGAUAUCGGACGGAUGAAGAUUGAAUUGUUUGCUGAUGUGGUUCCAAAGACAGCGGAGAAUUUCAGGCAAUUCUGCACUGGAGAGUUCAGGAAGGAUGGAGUUCCUAUUGGAUUCAAAGGCUGCACAUUCCACAGGGUGAUCAAAGACUUUAUGAUACAAGGAGGGGACUUUGUGAAUGGUGAUGGCACGGGUAUCUGCAGCAUCUACAGAGGUCCAUUUGCAGAUGAAAACUUCAGAAUGAAGCACUCUGCUCCUGGUCUUCUCGCCAUGGCAAACAGUGGUCCAGGAACAAAUGGUUGUCAGUUUUUCAUCACCUGCACGAAAUGUGACUGGUUAGACGGGAAGCAUGUUGUUUUUGGAAAAGUGGUUGACGGUUUGCUGAUAAUGCGAAAGAUUGAGAACGCCCCCACGGGUCCCAACAACAAGCCCAAACUCCCUAUACUCAUUUCACAGUGUGGAGAGAUGUGAUCUGCUUGUUCACAUCACCAGUGUAAGAACAUCUGUUUGUAGCUUGAUCAGCAAAUAUCAGCCCACCUAUAUGAACAUUGAAGGACAUUAUAAAAUUCUGUUCGCAAUUUUCACCAUUUUUUAAAUAUGUUGUAAACUAAAUCCCAGACGACUGACUCAUUAGCCCGGCAGUGGCAAGAUGUAAUUGUUUGGAAUAUGGAUUAGGAGUCAGUCAAACUUAAUGUUGAGCAGAGGGGUGGUAUAAAUGAAAAUUUCAUGUGAUUUGAAAAAUACUACAUUUUGUUGUCACGUCAAAUAAUCUGAUUUGUACUUGACACACACACUGUCGGCGUGUCAUUUACCAAUAAAUUGUUUUACCGUUUUCUAAA